AUUAGUUGCAUUGGUUUAAAGUUAUUUCUUAUGUCAUGCAUUAUAUAAGGCCAAUUACAAAUAACAUGACUGUUUCAAGGUUUCGUGGUUUUCUAAGGUACAUGUUCGCCAUCCACUGGUUGUAUUUUAAAACACAAUUAAUAUGUCUGUGACUGGUGCUGAGUUUUGAGUUUUGCAUACAGCUAAAGGCCACUUGCACAAUUGUGAUGAAACUUGCCAAUGACUUUCUUUAUUACUAAUUACUAAGUGUGUCAUAAUCUGUGAGUACAUACAUUAGAGGCUGACUGGGGGGGUGGGGGUUGGGGGGUAUAUGGAAUCAUCUGUCCACCUGUCUGUAUGUCAAACCUAUAUUUGCAUAAAGAGAUUAUAGGUCAUGGUAACCACCUUUUCUUAUUAAGGAGAGCUAUGAUUUAUGUGACGGGGGCCAGAUGCCACUGCUUGUAUGCCCUUGUAGCCAAAGUGUGAAGCAAUACUUAGCUAUGGCAUUAUCUUUCCCCCUGGUGAUAUUGAAGGAAAUUAUGUCAAGUGACUGAAUAAAAAAAAAAGUUUUGGUAGUAUUAUAACAGGAAUAUAACUAUAAAGGAAAGAUAACGGUUUCCUACUGCUGUAACAUUGCUUAAUACAAAAUAAUGCUUAUAUCGUCCCUCUUGCAGCUAGGUUUUUGCCUCUUAAUUAUUCCUGAUGGGUCAGCACUGUUGUCAGCUGCAUCCAGUUCAGUUUGUAAACAGUACAUCAGAAAUUUUUAUCAUGGUUUCUUCAUGAUCAUUUUGAGCAGCACCCCACAAUGACAGAGUAAAUAAAUAACGUAUACUUUGUAUUACUUUGGGUCUGACUAUUCAUGAGUACAGUUGUGAUCUGUGCAGAAGAGCUUACAUUCAACCAUGUUCCCUUCAUUCUUAUGAAAAUACCCCCUAAUUCAGAGACGUUUGAUCCAUUCUCUACCCUGAAAAAAAAAAACUGCUUAACUCUGACAAAUGUAGAGGCGUUGGGUCAAUGGUGAUGACCUUUCUACAGGAAAGUCAUUUUAAGCAUCCAAUACAGCUUUUCUCUGGGUUACUGUAGGUGAGGCUACAUGGGAAAGCUGCAAAACACAUGAAGAUUAGCUGUCACUAAUCUUGACCCUUUCUAUCAUAGGGAUUAUAUUAUUAACCCAAGGAUGUAUUUGUUCUGUAGGCAAGUAAGAUAUUGGAAAGGAUUACUACAGUUUGACCAAAGGCAGUUUGACUAGACAUAGAAAACUGAACAGAUUGGGCGUUAUUGGAAAUCCUGUUUUGAAUUCACAGUUUGGGUUAAUAAUGAAAGCAUUGGACUAUUUAACAUAUUCCUGAGCACAGGAUUCUAACCUGCCAGCCUUACCAUAGCAAUGGAUGGAGAAAAGUAUUCCAGUUAUCAUCUAUUUGUAUCACACCCAGAAGAGACAGUCAUUUUGGGAAGCAUUUUUUCCUGCAUUCUUUUGUGGCUCAUUAGAGAUGGUCUGAGAGUCAAAGAUAUUGAGCAUAAGCAUAUUUUUGUCACGGGAUGUGAUACUGGUUUUGGAAACCUGCUGGCAAGGCAGCUUGACCAGAGAGGGUUCAGUGUCAUAGCCUCGUGUCUGACAGACAAGGGAGGACAAGAUCUACAAGCAGUGAGCUCCCCCAAACUGAAGACAGUCCUGCUCAAUGUCACAGACAGCCAAAGCAUUGAGAAAGCUGUGCAGUUUGUACAGACUGAGGUUGGAGAUAAAGGGCUCUGGGGCCUGGUGAACAAUGCUGGAAGAGCUACACCAAUUGGACCAACAGAAUGGAUGGAAAAGGAAGAUUUUAAUAAAGUUCUUGAUGUUAAUCUCAUAGGGCUGAUUGAGGUCACCCUGAAGUUUCUUCCACUGAUAAAGAGAGCCAGAGGCCGGGUUGUGAAUGUAGCCAGUGUCAUGGGCAGGUUGUCCUUUGUUGGUGGAGGUUACUGUUUAUCGAAGUGGGGCGUGGAGUCUUUCUCAGACAGCUUGAGGAGAGACAUGCAGUAUUUUGGUAUCAAAGUCAGUAUAAUAGAGCCUGGCUUCUUCAAGACUGGUGUUACAAGUUUAGCAGUAAUAGAGAAGGACCUCCAAAGACUUUGGGACCGCCUCUGUCCUGAGGUCAGGGACUCCUAUGGAGUACAAUAUUAUGACAAGUAUCUGAAAGCUCAGAGUCUCUCGAUGAACACUUUUUGCAGCUCUGAUAUCUCCAAGGUCACAAACUGCAUGGAGCAUGCCUUGAUAGCAAAGUACCCCAGGACUCGCUAUGCAGCAGGAUGGGAUGCAAAGCUCUUCUGGCUGCCUCUCUCCUAUGUGCCGUCAUUCAUAGCAGAUUUCAUGUUAAGUGCACUGCUGCCAACUCCUGACGGCAGCAGGCAACAGAUACAGUUGCCAUUUAAUAGCAUUGAUAAUUUAAAUAAAAUACAAGUUAAUGCACAUUAAAGAGCUCUUACUUCACAAGGGGUGUCAAUGCCAAUGGAUGGGUACAGCUCACUUACCCAUAUUCAGUCUGCAGCAACUAGAUUUUGCUGGUGUGCAUCUACGGACAUUUAUUAUGCUGUAGCAUUUGCAGUGUUUUACAAUUUACUGUUUAAUUAUUAUUGUGAUAUCUUCUAUCAAUUAAAGUUUGAAAUGCAGAAUGAGCAAGACAUGGUUACAAAGUACAUUAAUGCUUAGCACACUAUAUUGUAUUUAAAUCCUAACCCUGUGUUUAGUACUUUAUAGAGUUUUCUUUUACUUUUACAGUUUUUUUUUUUUUUUAGAAAUAAAAGAUUUGGAUAUGUUGCACCUCACUAACUUCCAAGGGUAUACAGUCUCUUAAACUUAAUUUUAUGUGAGAGAAACCACCUCACUGUGUACAUUGCUGUAAUUUUCAGUACUGCAAAGCUUUUAACUAUGUAAAUUCAAGAUUGUUUUACAUGCAACAUUUCACAAGAGAUGUGUCUUGUAUUCUCAAAUAAAAGUAUAUGA